UUUUCAGGCGAGACGGUGACGUCACGCGGCAGCAAAUAAUGGCGUACUUAGCAACACUUUGAAAAUGCUAGCUCCCCGCAGCUAACGCAAAAAAAGCCAAUUUAAAGUAGUUGCUGGCGUGUAGGGCGCUCGUCUGCUCGUUCGCAGCCGCCAAACUUUGAGUUUAGUCAUGAAGUGCUCUGUCCCUUUAAGGUCUCUGAGCUCGGCUGUUUCGUAUUGAUCAAUCCUCCAUUUUCCAACACAGCGGCGGCAGCGCUAACACAGCUCCGGCAGCGAGCGAGCAGAGCCACCCCUCUACCUGGAGAGGAAGCCCGCGGCCGGGGGCAGUCAUGGCCGCGAACAUGUACCGGGUCGGAGAUUAUGUUUAUUUCGAGAACUCGUCCAGUAACCCACUGCUGAUCAGGAGGAUAGAGGAGCUGAACAAGACAGCCAAUGGGAACGUGGAGGCCAAAGUGGUGUGUUUUUACCGACGCAGGGACAUCUCCAGCACACUCAUCGCCCUGGCAGACAAACAUGCAAGAGAGCUGGAGGAGGAAAUGGAGAAUUCAGAGAUGGCGGACCUUCCCGAGAAACAGAAGCACCAGCUCAGACACAGAGAACUGUUCUUGUCCCGUCAGCUGGAGUCUUUACCUGCCACACACAUCAGGGGCAAGUGCUGUGUGACGCUGCUCAACGAGACCGAAGCCCUCAAGUCCUACCUGGACAGAGAGGAUGCCUUCUUCUACUCGCUGGUGUAUGACCCUCAGCAAAAGACUCUGUUGGCCGAUAAGGGGGAGAUCCGCGUUGGCAACAAGUACCAGGCCGACAUCACCGACCUCCUGACAGAAGGUGAGGUUGAUGGCAGAGACUUGGAGAAACUAGAGGAGAAGGUGUGGGACUCCAGCAGCUCCCUGACAGAGAAACAAAUUGAUCAGUUCUUGGUUGUAGCUCGGUCAGUAGGUACAUUCGCCAGAGCCUUGGAUUGCAGCAGUUCUGUCCGGCAGCCCAGCCUUCACAUGAGCGCCGCUGCAGCCUCCAGAGACAUCACCCUGUUUCAUGCCAUGGAUACCCUCCACGCCACAGGCUAUGACAUGACCCGAGCCAUCGCCGCGCUGGUGCCUCAGGGUGGGCCCGUUCUCUGCAGGGACGAGAUGGAGGAGUGGAGCGCCUCGGAGGCCAACCUGUUUGAGGAGGCGCUGGAAAAAUAUGGCAAAGAUUUCACAGAUAUCCAACAGGACUUUUUGCCUUGGAAGUCUCUGACGAGUAUUAUUGAGUAUUACUACAUGUGGAAGACAACAGACAGAUAUGUUCAGCAGAAACGAUUAAAAGCGGCCGAGGCAGAAAGCAAGUUGAAGCAGGUGUACAUCCCUAACUAUAAUAAGCCAAACCCCAACCAGCUGAGUAACAGUGUAAAGCCAGCUCUGGUGAACGGAGCGGCGGGCGCGGCGGUCCCGGCACCUCCGGGCCCGGGCCCGACCCCUGUGCUCGGCAGAGCCUGUGAAAGCUGCUACACCACCAGCUCCUACCAGUGGUACUCAUGGGGACCUCCCAACAUGCAGUGUCGCCUGUGCGCUUCGUGCUGGACCUACUGGAAGAAGUACGGAGGCCUGAAGAUGCCCACGAGACUGGACGGAGAGAGGCCUGGACCCAACCGCAGCAUGAGCGCUCACGGUUUGCCCCUACGGCACAGCGGCAGCCCCAAGUUCGCCGUGAAGACGCGACAGGCCUUCUACCUGCAGACCACCGGGCUGACGCGGAUGGCUCGCCGCCUCUGCCAGGACAUGAUCCGGCCGCGAUACCUGGCCCGGCACCCCUACCUCCCUGUCAACACCGCAGCCAUCAAGGCAGAAUGUGCCCUGCGGUUGCCAGAUGGGCCACAGAAGCCUUUGUCACCUAAACCCGUGGAUCGUAAACCUUUGGAGUCUGUGGUUCGGUAUUUAGAAGCACAUCCCCGUCCAGCCAAACCUGACCCCCCGACUCGUGGGUCCAUUUCUACAGGCAGCCUGACGCCCAUCAAAUCCUCUCCCAUCCUCAACAAUGGCUCACCCACUAUCCUGGGCAAACGCAGCUACGAACAGCACAACGGGCUGGAUGGCUCCAAAGCCAAAGCCCUGACUCCACAGUGGGACAUCAUGGCCAAACGGGUGAGCGACGCGGGGAGACCCUCGGCCUCCCAGCAGGACGAGAUUCACGAGCUGGACUGAACGCUCCGUGGGAACGACCUCUGCUGCAAAGCCCAGCAAGCAGAAGGGGCCACGAGAAGAAAAUAGCGUUUUCCAAUAAUCCAUAGCUGAGGGCAGCUUAGAGAUGCUGACAGGAGACGGGCGCGUUGGCCAGCUUUCUUCAGUCAGCACGGGUCCGUCAGACUGCUGAAGACCAGUGGAUCGAUCGGUUUGGCUGUGGUCGAUCAGAAGAUGAGCCUGACUGUACAGGACUGUGUUUAUUACUUCAAUUUCUCGUUAUUACUGUCAUCGUUAUGAUAUUGUUAUUAUAAUUUUUUGUACCAACUAUAACGCAGCUUAUUGUUUGUCGAUCAAACGGUGGAACUUGUGAAGUUCCAUGAGAAUUGCUUGGGGAGCCCUGUGGCAAUGGGGUGGAAGGACUGUAACAUAAGCCACUCGCAUCAUCUUUGUUCGUUUGUUUUUUUAACAAGUUAAGUUCACCAAGGAGACGCACUUUCAUUUCAGCAACACGAGUUAACUCCUUGUCUUUUGUUUAAAUGAAUUUGAACGCUUUAUGGGGAAAUCUUGUGUUUUUGUGAGCCGGCCCUGCUCUUUGGCCAGAGAGGUUUAACUUAUUGAGGAAGACUUGUUUUUUCUACCUUUUUCACAAGUAAUGCAUCUAUGCUUCGAUAAUGUAAUUAAAAAAGAUCAUUGAUUUUC